UACCUGGGCUCUGCCCCGCUGCAGGAGCUGGACGACUUGAAGAGGUCGGGGUUCCGCUGCUUGAAGGACAUCGAGGUGGACGACACCAACGUUCUUCUGUGGAAGGCGCUCCUGCUGCCGGACAAUCCUCCGUACAACAAAGGCGCUUUCCGCAUCGAGAUCAGCUUCCCAGCCGAGUACCCCUUCAAGCCCCCCAAGGUCACCUUCAAAACAAAGAUCUACCACCCCAAUGUGGACGAGAAGGGGCAGGUCUGCCUGCCCAUCAUCAGCGCUGAGAACUGGAAACCCGCCACCAAGGCGGAUCAAGUGAUCCAGGCCCUGAUCGCACUGGUGCACGAGCCGGAGCCGGAACACCCCCUGCGUGCCGACCUGGCCGAGGAGUUCAGCCAGGACCCCAAGCGGUUCCUGCGCAACGCCGAGGAUCACACCCGCAAAUUCAGCGAGAAGCGGCCCUGCGAGUGACCCGCCUUUGCUCUGCAGCCCCUGCCUGCUCCUGGAGGGGGGGUGCAGCUUCCCUAGGUGGGGGUGGGGCCUCUGCACCCAGCGGGUGAGGUGUAGUGGGGUGGGCAGGACCAAGGUGGCUCCUCCAUCAUUGCUUGCCGUCAUGGCAGUGGGUCCCUUGGCGUUCUGGGGCAUGUGCCCCACCCCCUGCCUGGACUAAGGGGGUACCCAUCACCUCGCUGACACUGUUCUCACUUGGGGGGGGGGCCCUGAAGCCCAGGUGGGUGGGGCAUUGAAUUUGGGUGCAUGGGCUUUUCUGUUCCCUGCAUACACCACAAACCCCAUUGUCUCUGUCCAUCCUGGUUUGGUUUGUCACCUGGCACUUUCAAACCUCAGCUGCAAAGCCCAGGGGCAGCCCAGAGCUUUGUGGGGGAGGGCACGGCAGCCCCAAAUUGCCUUGCCUGCCCCCAGACCCAUACAGACUGGAAGAGACGACAGGGAUGUGAAUGGGGUGGGGGGUGAAAUGCUCCAUUGGGUCCAGCAGAGCAGGUGACCGGAGCUGCGUGCAGGGGUCAGGCUGGAGGACAAUUCUGGGUUGAAAUCAUGUGAUGACAAAUGUUUUUUAAAAUAGCCUUUUGGUGGGGGAGAUGAGAAAUAACCUCCUCUUUCUGGCCAAUAAAAACGGACCAUGAUUCCACCA